CACUUUUCUCGUAUUUUGUAUGACGCGUAUACCCGACGUACCCAAAGCGCCAAAUUGAACUAAUUCCCAAUUAAAACACUCUACUAUACUAAGAAAUCAAAUGUAGCAUGCCGAGAAUGGCAUUUAUAACUGUGUAAUUGUGUAAUAGAACAAAUAUUCAGCUACUCAGACUACAUUCGUUUUUCAACGCUUAUAAAGAAGAAAUAUGAUAAUUCAUAUUUUAAUUCCGGACUGCAUCCAUUCCGACCACAACGUAUUUUUUAAUAUUUUAAAAAAUGUUGUUUUUAAAGUGGGCCAUGCAAAAUUAACUGAACACUACCUCGACAAUGCUUUCAAGGAAGGAAUGAAAGCUAGAGAAUUUCAAGUUGAUUUGCAUGCAGCAGAAACCUGGAAUAUUGACAGUUCGAAGCGGGACAAAAUAUCGCUAUGGAAAUUGCUCGGGUGUUGGGCAUCUAGAAAUUGUCAAACAUUCGGAAAAAUUUUGUUUAAAGACAAAUGGGAGACCACCAACUCAAGAAGUGUUUUGGCUCAAAAUAUCGAUGAAUUUGUGUACAAAACACUGAAGUUUAUUUUGAUUGAGCUUGACGUAAGUGAGUCGACGCUAAUAAAUUUAAGGCAUUUCGUUAAAGUGCCAGUUAAUGAAAUUGGCGUGGAAAAUAUGGUCCAAAUUUCGCCAAAAAUGAAAUUGUUUGAAAUCGAGAACAAUUAUUGGGAAAAGUGCUGGUUGUCUUUGGAACGCGGUGAAUGGUUGGGUCAUUCUCAUGGAGAGAUCAACAAUUCGAUUCCAUUCCCAUCGUUGAACCCACCGCGGCAAUCACUGAUCAAUUCCGAAUGUGCAACACAUUCCUCCGGCAAUUCCACAUUGAUCAAUUUUACAAGAAAGCGGGCGUAUGGAUGCGAUUUGGUAAGACAGCACCAUUCUCAAUCGGCGAUGCAAUCGAUGGUUUCCGAUUGUGACAAUAUCACUGCGAUAAAUCUGACCAGCAAUCAGUCACAAAGAAACGACAUACCACGAUCAAACGGACAGGCGCAAUCUCAAUCAUCUAGAUCGAGUGAACCAUCAAUGGGUACCGAAUGUAACAAUGUCACUCCGUUAGAUUUGACCAGGAAGCAGUCAUAUGACAAAGAUAUGCGACUGAACGUCAGCAGCGCAACCACAACAGUAAUGCACGAAGAGUUGCAGCAGCGUGUUAAUUUACUGCAAGACCAGUUGUUGUUAGCACUUCAGCGAGAACUUGACCAAAAAAAUGUGGUGCUCGAUGAACGGAAUAAGUCGAUUUUUGAAGCACAGAAAUUGAUCGUUGUUCUGCAACUUCAAUUGAUAGAGCAAAAUUCAUCGAAUAAUGACCUACGGCAGCAAUUGGAGGAGAAAAAUAAAUUAGUGGCCGAAAAUCAAGAAUCGAACGAACUGAUCCAGAAGCAGUUGGCUGCCCAAAUUGAUUCCACAGGUUCACUGCAAAAUUUGAUUGACGUACUGACGAAACAAGAAGAAAUGUUCAAUGAAACGGUGUCUGCACUACGUUCUGAGGUAAUAGCGAAGGAUGAACUGGUGGCCCAAGUCCGUGAACAAAAUCAGAGUCUUCAGCUGAAAAUAAGUGAAGAAACCGAAUCCUCAUCCAGAACAAUAUCCGCCCAACGCUCUGAAAUUACUGCAACGGUCGAACUAUUAUCUCAAGCCCAAGAAUCAAACGCACUGAUCCAGAAGCAGUUGGCUGCCCAAAUUGAUUCCACAGGUUCACUGCAAAAUUUGAUUGACGUACUGACGAAACAAGAAGAAAUGUUAACUGAAACGGUGUCUGCACUACGUUCUGAGGUAAUAGCGAAGGAUGAACUGGUGGCCCAAGUCCGUGAACAAAAUCAGAGUCUUCAGCUGAAAAUAAGUGAAGAAACCGAAUCCUCAUCCAGAACAAUAUCCGCCCAACGCUCUGAAAUUACUGCAACGGUCGAACUAUUAUCUCAAGCCCAAGAAUCAAACGCACUGAUCCAGAAGCAGUUGGCUGCCCAAAUUGAUUCCACAGGUUCACUGCAAAAUUUGAUUGACGUACUGACGAAACAAGAAGAAAUGUUAACUGAAACGGUGUCUGCACUACGUUCUGAGGUAAUAGCGAAGGAUGAACUGGUGGCCCAAGUCCGUGAACAAAAUCAGAGUCUUCAGCUGAAAAUAAGUGAAGAAACCGAAUCCUCAUCCAGAACAAUAUCCACCCAACGCUCGGAAAUUACUGCAACGGUCGAACUAUUAUCUCAAGCCCAAGAAUCAAACGCACUGAUCCAGCAGCAGUUAACUACGAGAAACGAAUCGGUUGCUGAGUUGCGUGAAUCGGUUAAUAUGCUUCAGUUGCAGUUGACCGCUAGAGACAAAUCGUUGACCGAAGUUGCCAAAUUAAAACAUGAAAUUCAGGAAACUAUUCACUGUCUAGAGUCAGAAUUGACCAAAAAGGAUUCAUCGAUCAACGAGCUGCAACAUUUGGUUGCCAGCUUGACGUUACAAUUAGAUCAGAAGAAUUCGCCUGACAUCAUUCCCGCAUUAUCCGCGAAAGAGCCCGAAAUGUCUUGCGAAAAGGUUGAACAAACAUUGCAACCAGUGCAACAAUGUUUACCGACAGUAUUUGGAGCCGACCGACAUAAUAGCCAAAUUAACGACCAAAAUAUCAGUCAGAAUGUCCAGGCAAAGAUUGCAGUCAGAACAAGUUCUCGAAUCAGACUUAAGCAUUCAAAGAAGACGUCUCGAUUUGUACAACCACCUGAUGCAGCUGGCAUGACAAGAGCAGAGGAUGUGACGUCUGAAUAUCCAUCUGAUGACAAAAAAAUAUAAAUUGUUGAUUUUCGAAAAAAAUGCCUAGUGCUAGGCCUCAUUUAAUCCUUCGAAACGUUUUACUCUGUCCUUGAAUUACAUUCUUAUUUGUUGGAAAACAAUUUUUUUUAUU